GUUCUUGGGCCAGACCACCCGGACACCCUAACAAGUCUCAACAACCUAGCCAUUGUGCUAGAAUCCCAAGGAAAGUACGGUGAAUCAGAGGCGAUGCACCGGCGA